AUGCCUUCGUUUGCGACCAAAGAUGAUCAACGUUACGUAUCACCUGUGGCAGCACUGAAAAUAAUCGAGUCAGUGUUAACUUCGAAGUCGAUGAGUGAUGAUAAGUCGAAGGAUUUAAUCAAGGUGUGGUCUGAUUUUGAGCGCAUAGCGCUGUCGGCCGAAGAUAUAACUGCCCUGCAGAAGACGUUAAAUGAUGCCGGAAAAACGAAUCGUGCAAAAAUGAUCACAGCGCUUAAGAGGAAACCUAAAACUCUUCUCCGGUGGAAAGAGGCACAAGACAUUGAUGCACUCGAAACAGAAGCGAAAUCAAUAGCGAAAUCGAACAAUCCGAAAAGGGAUAUCGUACUGCAAACGCUAUAUUCCAUUAUUGCUGAGAAAAGACUGGCUGAAAAGGUUUCCUUUCUUCCAGUAUUCGCAUAG